GAGCACGAGAGUGUCCGGGAGCGGGGAAGGGAGAACAGGAGCCGGGACACUGAACAUCAGGGAAUAGACAGACUCUCGGAGACAUGGCUGCUAACAAGAAUAAGAACCAGAGCUCCCUGGUGCUGCACAAGGUUAUAAUGGUGGGCAGUGGUGGUGUGGGCAAGUCUGCUCUCACCCUUCAGUUCAUGUAUGAUGAGUUUGUAGAGGACUAUGAACCCACGAAAGCCGACAGCUACAGGAAGAAAGUGGUUCUAGAUGGGGAGGAGGUUCAGAUCGAUAUACUGGACACUGCCGGACAGGAGGACUAUGCAGCCAUUCGUGAUAACUACUUCCGCAGUGGCGAGGGCUUCCUUCUCGUCUUUUCCAUUACUGAGCAUGAGUCUUUCACAGCCACUGCCGAGUUCAGGGAACAAAUCCUGCGAGUGAAAGCGGAAGAAGAUAAAAUCCCCCUGCUCGUGGUGGGCAACAAAUCCGAUCUGGAGGACAGGAGACAGGUCCCUAUGGAUGAAGCCAGAGGCAAAGCAGAGGAGUGGGGAGUACAGUAUGUGGAAACGUCUGCGAAAACUAGAGCCAAUGUGGACAAAGUAUUUUUUGACCUAAUGAGGGAAGUCCGAACAAAGAAGAUGUCUGAGAACAAAGAUAAGAACGGGAAGAAGAGUGGGAAGAGCAAGAAGGGCUUCAAGCAACGCUGCUGUUUACUGUGAUAUCAGCCGGUAGCGAGAUGCGUGGAGGCAGCAGCCAGGCAGGUCCCUCAGUCCCUUUUCUCUCCCUGGCACCCCAUAUAGUCCUUCAUUUCCUUUGUGCCGGGGACAUGCACACAACUUGACUUCGCUGGCUGCCAAAGCACUAAGGGAUCAACCCUCGGCUGUACCCCUAACUUAACAUGUCUUUUCAUUUCACCAUUUGCUUUUGAUACCUUGAUAAAAAUACUUUAACUGCUGGUCCCUUCUGCGCAAAUGCCACCUCGUCCCUGACUAUACUAGGUGCCAAAGUCUGCUUUUUAUGCACUUCGCUGUUUGGUUAAACUUCUUGAGGCAGCCGUGACACGUGUCCAAUGGGACUUCUGUCAAAUCCUCCCAAAACCCCAUAUUGAAACUUCUUAUCUCGGUGAUGUGCCAAACCUGAACAAAAACUUUUUUUUUAAAGGAGUUACAAAAACAAAACAUGAAUUAAAGGGGCUACUAAUUUCCCCAAUAAUUGUUAUAUUUAAUGCUUGCAUCUAGUAUUCUAAUGAAGCCUUUUAUUGGCGCCUCCUUCAUUCCCAUUGAACCCAUUAUGUACAAAGCAUUCCCUUAAAGGCCGGCUAUAAACCCUGGGCAGUUUGCCCUCUCUUUCCUCUAUGUCUCUACAGUAAGGUGAGGCCCUAGAGAUUAUUUUUGCAAGAGGGAAAAAAGAAUCUUUAACAAA